GCCAUCCAGAAGCCCGUGCACCAUGACGGUCCCUGCCCUGGCCAGUGUCUCUGGGCUCCUGCAGGUGGCCUCCCUGCUCGGGCUGCUGCUACUUCUCCUCAAGGCAGCACAGCUCUACCUGCGCAGACAGUGGCUGCUCAAAGCCCUCCAGCAGUUCCCGUCCCCUCCUUCCCACUGGCUCUAUGGACACAGCAGGGAGUUUCAAGAGGAAGGCGAGCUGCAACCCCUCCUGAAAAGGGUAGAGAAAUACCCAAGUGCCUGUGCUCGCUGGAGGUGGGGAACAAGAGCCGUGGUACUGGUCUAUGACCCUGACUACAUGAAGGUGGUCCUGGCAAGAUCAGCCCACAAGGCAGGCCAAGGCCAACAGAAUUUGCUGAGAGUGAAAGCUUAA